AUGACUGUAGGAGGCACCGUGCGUGAGACCAGGGAAGCAGAAGUGAAGCAGCAGCCACAUUUGGCAGCAAGCCACACUUGCAAGUCCAGUGCCAGACACACUGUAGAGCUUGCACAUGAUCUGUUAGCUCUCCUUGUUGGCAUGGGCAAACGGGCUGGCCUGCAGCUCCUUCGGCUUCUCCAAAUGCCAGAUGCCGAUGAAACACGCCGGGCGGGCGGGCGGGCGGGCGGGCGGGCGGGCCUCGCGUUACGAACCAAGCCCUCGCCAGCAGCGCAGGGACCCGGCGCACCUGCGCGCACUCCCGCCCGCGGGGUCCGGGGCGCCGGGGCAAGGCGGCAAGGGGCCAGGGGCGCGACCCCCGCCGCCCGGGGCCGGGCCGGGCCGGGCCGGGCCGAAGCCGCGGGCGCCGAGCCGAGGAGCCCACCGGCGGCCCGGGGAAUCUCCGGGGCUCCGCGCACGUCCCGGGACCGCCCCCCGAGCACACCCCGCUGGCUCUCGGGGCCCGCGCGCUCGCCGCCCCUGCACGCCCUCCCCACUGGGACCUGGAGCCCGGCUUCCCACCUCGGGGCGCAGCUCCGGGGCGUCCACUCGACCCCCGCCGCCCGGCCGCUCGCCGAGCUCAGCCGCGCCCACGUCCGGCUUUCCCGGCUGAAGCCCGCGGCGCGCUCGGCGGCCCCGCCCCUCCGCCCCUCCUCCCCCCCCCCCCCCGCGGCAGGCACCAUAGAGACGCAGGCCGCCGGCCAGAGGGGCUCCAGCCCGGAAGGUCGGCGCGGAGGACGCCGGGAUAGUGGCCCCCGCCUAGCCGACGAGAGCGGGUAG